GAAGCAGUUAACCCUAAUAGUAAUAUGUUGCUUUUUGUAGAUAACAGUUAAAGUAUUCCAAUAAUAAUUUCGCCAGUUGAGAUUUUAGAUUUCUGUUUCAAUGGAACAAACCGAUUACAAACAUUACCGCAGCGUCGUCUGCAGAGGGGUAACAGCAAUUGAAUGAAUUUCCGGUUCAUAUAAAAAAAGAACUCCAACGAAACAGCAGGUUUGGUUAGAACGAGCUUAGUUGUUAGGGUACGGACCAUGAGCAGUUGUGGAUUUCAGUGCUCGCAACACUACAAAACUUUCUUUUACGUGUUUCUCUAGACUUGAUCUUAUCUGCAGUCGCAAGGAUAUUUAACUUUGAGAUUGUAAUGUUAAGUUGGAUUUGCCGACGGAAUAUUUACAAGUUUCUUCCGAGUGAAUUGGAUUGUUUACGCUUUUUCUGAGUGCUUACAUGUGGGUCUGAAGCGUUCAGUUGGUUGAAUGGACUGACCUAUUGUCUGCCUAAAAGUUUGCGAAGAUGGGACCGACGGGUAAACCAGUCUUUCUGAUUAUUUUUUACCUGAUGUCGUUUUGGAAUUAUAUCGAUGUAAAUGCUGCAAAAACUGAUCCACCUCAUCUGUUCUCCAACACCGAAGAAAUUGUUAUACCAACAGGGAGUAAUUUAAAUCUGCAAUGUGAGGGUGCUCUUUUCAUGGGUUGGAUUUUUCCGCCAGACCAACAGGGAUACAUACCGUUGAAGCAAAGAUUGGAUAUAUCACAUAACCGAACCCUUAAGGAGGAUGGGAGCACCCAGUAUAAUGCAUUCCUGACUGUUCGCAACAUGUCGUUUACAGACACGGGACGAUACAGUUGCAUGUACAACAAAUACAUGGAAGGUGAUCUGCCAUCGUACAUCAGCAAUAUGACCGCGGAUACAGUUUACGUCUACGUCACGCAAGCAAGAAAUGAUACAUUGUUUCUGCCCGUGCAAUCGAAACCGAUCUUUGUCUAUCCGGACGAACAGUUCAUUAUUCCAUGUCGUGUCAGCAAUCCCAAUAUCUCUGUGACCCUUGAACCUGCGUUCAGUUCACAUAAGUUUGAGAUCAACGAGAAGCUCCGGUAUGAUCCUCAAGUUGGAUUCAUCGGUGCCAGUGGAGAACCUAUGUUUACUGAGGUUUUAUAUUGUAUUGCGGUUUUCCAUCAUAAAGGUGUGUUGUACUACGGGAAAACGAUGAUAUGGGCUCAUUUUGAAGCUCAUGCACCUAUCCCAGACCCAUCUGUGCGUGCAAGUAAAAGUGAGCUGAUCCAAGGCGAAGAGUUUGUGGUCAAUUGUACAAUUCAGGUCCCCUUGAGCACAACUCACAAUCUGGACUUUUAUUAUCCAGCUAAGGGUACAGAGGGUGAAUCUAGUCGUAUCCAAAUCUUAAAACAACAUCAAGAAAAAGUUGAAAAUAUGCGGGAUCGAAAACGAGCGUUCCGGAAGUUGAUAGUCACUCUUACCGUGAGGCAGGCGACAGUGCAAGAUAGCGGGGAAUAUAUGUGUACUGCACGUAACCGAAAAGGGGAACGCAACGAGUCUGUAAAUAUUGAGGUGUUGGAAAGUGGUUAUGUGUCAAUAAAAAAGAUGCGACAGGUGAACCCUCUCACAGUGGCCAAAGGUCAAGAGAAGUUCCGUAUGUCGUUCAUCACCAAAUCUUAUCCGGCUGCGGAGUACAAAUGGUACAAAGACGGUGAGCUGAUAACGGCUGCCGACAUUGAUAUGUACCAACCGCGUGUGCAGGGGGACAUCAGACGACUUUUGAUACGGAAUGUUAAAGAAGCUCAUAGAGGGCGCUAUAUGCUCGUUGGCCAAAAUCACUAUGCAUCUGUCAAUGAAACAUUUGAUGUUGAAGUAUCGGUCAAACUAACUAUAGAGAUAAAGUCAGAGCCUCCACCUGCUAGGGAGCCUUCAUUAUUUCAAUUGGGGGUCGACUACGCAUUGACCUGUGUUGGCAAAGGUCUGCCAGCUCCUGACGUAUACUGGGCGUAUAGCGAUGGAGCUACCUGGCAUAGAGUCGGUACCGAUAUCACGACUACGCAUUAUGUUGAGGAAUCGUCACUCAGUAAGCAGAUUCUACACGUGAAGAAUGCGCAGAUUGAGAGAAACUACACAUGUAUAGCGGUCGCUGAAGAAAUGGUAGAGAAAGAUAGAAGCUUCAAUACAAGUCAAUCGGUAAACUUCCUUAUAACUGAUGUUACUGGGGGUCUUGAUGUGACAGCAUCUCCAUUGUCACCAGUCAACGGGGACAAACUGGUUGUGACCUGCCAGGCCAGUAUAUACGCCUUUACGAACCUCAAAUGGAGUAUGGUGACAUUGGGCAACCAGACAAUUCCUAUCAAAUCGAGUAGGAAUGCUCAGAUUGAGUCGCAACAGGAUGGUCUCAGAGAGAUUUCCAUCCUCACGAUUAAAUCGGUAGAAUUAUCAUUUAGUGGAAAGUUUAUAUGCACAGCUGACAAGAAAUGGAACCACGGCCAUAUGAAAACUGCUAAUACUUCGGUGGAUAUAGUGGUAAUAGAAAGCAUACCACCCCGUAUUAUCACUCAGCUAGAGAGUAUGGAAAUUGCAAAAACCAGUGAACGGCAGAAGUUCAACCUCAGCUGUUCAGCCGAGGGCAUACCACCACCAAAGAUCAUGUGGCAAAAGGAUGGAAUACCCAUAAGUACAGGCAGCAUGCCCCAACAAGAGGGCAAUGUGGUUGUGUCUAACAUUAUACGGAGUCGCAUUACAUCAGCACAGGACAGUGGAAGGUACACUUGUAUUGCCGAGAAUCGUGAGGGUGAUGCAGAAACUUCGGCUGAUAUUAACAUCCUAGAGAAAGUGUCAAUUCGUCCCGCGCAGAGUACAGAUAUACUGGCGAAUCUUGGGGAAAAUGUGACAAUGAGCUGUACGCUGUGGGGUGUCCCCAAACCCUCUAUAACAUGGGAGCACGUUAUUAAUAGCACGAUGACGAAACCCCUCCCAGAGCACUUGUAUAACAACCCUAAUGGAACACUCUACCUGGUGGAUAUCAAAAAUCAGGACAUGGGCACGUACUAUUGCAUCGGUGAAAAUAAACUUGGAAAUGCCCGAGCAGAGAUUGUUUUGAGAUUGUAUCCGGAAAAGCAUAGCCCUAUUUCAGAAGCCAAAGGUCGAAUGAGUGAUAGUAUGAUGAAACUGACAAUAUUUGGUGCAAUCGUCAUCGUACUGAUUAUAAUUUUUGCUUUGCACAGAAUCAAAAGACGACAGCUACAUGGUAAGCUGCCAUUCCACUCACAUGACCUCCUUCUCCCAAUUCAUCUGGACCCGUUUACUGACUUAGAAGCUAUCUGUGAACAUCUUCCAUAUGACCAAAAAUGGGAGUUUCCACGGGAACGGUUGAAGCUUAACUGCAUUAUUGGCCGUGGCGCAUUUGGCAGAGUCUACAAAGCGGACGCUUUUGGCAUUGAGAAGGACACAACCCUCACAAGUGUAGCAGUGAAAAUGUUAAAAGAGGAUGCAUGCGAGACGGAAAAGAAGGCCCUGAUGACGGAACUUAAGAUGUUGAUACACAUUGGACCCCAUCUUAAUAUUGUCAACUUGCUUGGAGCUUGCACAAGAAAUGAAUUGUUCAUUAUUGUUGAGUUCUGUUGCUAUGGAAACUUAUCAGACUACCUUCGAUCGAAACGCAAGUGUUACGUGAUGGAUGACAAACCGCCCUACAUGAGAAUCCCAUCAAUGAGUAAACGUAGCAGCAGUGCUCGGACCAGCACCAACGAGGAUGGUUUCUUAGACUCAGCCGACGAGGACGAUGAUGUCUUUAGUGACUACUGCGAGAAGGAAACGCCAGUCACUUUGGAAGAUCUCAUUUGUUACUGUUUCCAGGUGGCAAAAGGCAUGGAAUUUUUGGCAUCUAGAAAGUGUAUUCAUCGUGAUUUAGCUGCAAGGAAUGUCCUUUUGACUGAGAAUAAUAUUGUCAAGAUUUGUGACUUUGGACUUUCCCGAGAUAUCUAUUUUGACCCGAAUUAUGUAACAAAAGGAAGCAGUCGUCUUCCACUUAAGUGGAUGGCGCCAGAAUCUAUCUUUGACAAGGUAUAUACCACGUACAGUGAUGUUUGGUCUUUUGCGAUUUUCAUGUGGGAGGUGUUCUCUCUCGGUGGCUCCCCAUACCCUGGUGUACAAGUCGACGAGGAAUUUUAUAAUCGCUUGAAGAACGGCUACAGGAUGUGCCAGCCUGAAUAUGCCCCUGAAGCAAUUUAUCACAUUAUGUUGGAUUCUUGGAACUCGGAACCCAAGGAAAGACCUAUCUUCAGUGAAUUGGUUUGCAAGCUAGGUGACCAACUGCAAGCUAAUAUUAGACAGGAAUACAUGGAUAUAAGUAUAAACUUUGACAUUGACGAUGUCCGGCGGCCAUUGUCAGAUGUAUUUCCGGAGGAUGAAUUGUUGGAAAAUGAUCCCUUAGUACAGGAAGACAACUUAGUAAAUAGGCUGAUGGAAGAGGCUGGAAAGUCACAGACAGCGGAUGGAGAAGCUGAGCAUAUUGAACUACGAGGUAACAGUUUCAAUGGCCGUGAGUCUGUCAAAAAACCUACAGAGCUUGGACAUUGUGUCCAGAUUGGAGGAGAAUCGCGCCGUUCAAUCGGAUCAAUCGAUCGCAAAACACUGAGCAAACUCAAUCCCAUUCACUAUGGCCCUGGGAAACAAGAUUCGCUGAGCAUGGAGCGGCAUAAAAAUUCUAAGAGCGAGGAAUCUGUGACGUCGGAAUCAUCCAGCGGGUUCCGAUCUGGCUCCGAUGCCAUCGAAGAUGAUAUUCCGCCGGAAUAUAACAACGUUGUUGAUACGGACAGUCGUUGCAAAAAUCAUAGUAAACAUGAGUCGGGCUUCUAUCCAGAGGAUAUAAACUUUGCUGAUUUUGCCUGUUUUGAUGGACAAUCCACCAGUAAAUAUCGUGAAAUCCUCCAGAGUGAUGUAUAAAUGGAUUUAAAAUCCAUAUAAAAAGAUCCAUAUGAUGAACAUUGAUGUUGUGGCAUCCUUGGAAAAUUUUAAUUAAAGAAGUUGAAAGAAGACAAUGGCUGCAGAAUUUGGCAAGCUAUCCUGGGAACAGCUGCUAAUGUAUCCCAUGAUAUUUGGUUACGGAGAAGUUGAAAAACAAGAUGUACUUUUGAUAUAUGACCUUUGAACUUAGGGAUGCUGGUCUUCCUUUCCUAUACUGCCAUGUGAUGAAUUGAAGAAGCAUAGAUUCUUGCAUAUAUGCUGCAAACGGGUAACUUAAAGAAAUUUGUUCAGAAUAAAAAAAAACAACGUUGUUAAAAGAAGAAAAGUUUGUUGUGGUAAUAUUAUAAAUCAAUUACAAUCUAGAAAAGUCUGAUUAUAAUAAUUAAAACAGCAACAACCCUAAUAAAAUAUUGCUUAAAAUGAUUUUCUGACACUAAAAUGGUAUUGGCAUAGCAUCUAGUCAAGGCGAAUCAAAUAGUACACUGGAUAAGAAGUUUAAAAUGUUUGUUGAAAUGUUUGUUAAAAUGUUGAAACGUUAAUUGAGAACAAAAUGUGAACUAUUAAUUUGUGAUUAAGAAGACUAGGAACUCAUGAAUAUUCAUAAGAUAUUGUUAAAAUACAUUCCAUCGUUUGGAGUAUAGGAGAUCAUCCAAUAACUUUGAUUCCAUCAGAAGUACUGUAAGUUAAUCUGGUUUGAACCAGUUACAGCCUCCUCGACCCGAAUUCCUAAUGAAUAUUCAUGAGUUUUUUAUAUCACACACUACCUAUCUAUGCAUACAAAGCCUUUUAUAAGAAAAAGUGGCGAUAUUAGCCGUUUGAAAAAGUAAUCACUGGAUAUUAUUUUUAAAAACUGUGAUUAUAUAAUUAAAUUAAUUGUCUAUGAUGCUGUGCUAAACCAGUGUGCUAGUUUUUAAAUAUUUGAAAAAAAAGCCUUGGAAACUCUUGAAUUAAUUAAUAUUUUGAAAUUUGCAAAACAUGUGUAUAUGAUAAUCAAGAAUUUUACUAAAAAGUUAUUAAAAUAAAUGAUCAUUGAAAACUAACAUACAUACAUUUGAAAAAUGGCAUGACAAUCAAAGUGUUCAUAUAUCACUUUACAAAAAAAAAAACCUUUUUAUUUGGAAUGCUUGCAUGAGCAGAUAAUUAUAUGUUUAUAUUAAGAUUGUUUCUUCAGUUUAAUAAUAUUUCUUUAUAUUUUUUAGAAUAACUUAAAUUUGGUUUGGUUUAUUCAGUGUAAAACAACAUACAAAGAAAAACAACUUACAAUAUUGUCUUAUUCAGGAAUUUCAGAAAAAUGCAAAAUACCAAAAAUACAAAAUGAUGUAUAAACUGAUUACAAAUGAUAAAUUAAAUUAUUUUCUAUUGUACUGUUCAAUAAAUACUGUAGUUCCUCUAGUAUAAGCCAGUCCCCUCACCCCAACUUGAACACAAAAUUGGGCCAAUAUUAAUUUUGUUGUGGGCUUAUACCUGGAGACAAUGAAAUGAAAUACAGAGAUGGAAAAAGGCAAUUUUCCAUCGCUGCACCUUAUUUUAUUCAUUUGUCUCAAAAAUUUUAAAAUAUACAAAAAAGAAACAGCAAGAAACAAGCACAAACAAGUAUGACCAUGGGGCCUUUCACAAAAAAAAACAACAAAAAAACAAUUGCUUACAAUAUGAAAUUGUGUUUAUAUAUAACAUUCAAAGUUAAAACUUAAAAAAAAAAAAAUCUGUAGUGAAACAAGCAUAAUUUAAAAGUUUGGCAUUUAAAAUAUUAAAAUUUUCAAAUAAUUCAAUAAAAUUUACUUUAAAAAAUUCAAAUCUAAAAUGGUGAAAUAUUUAUUUCAAGGCAAUUCAGAGCCAUUCAUCGCCAUUGUUAGAUUGUUUGUUGAAGGGGUUUGUCGCAGUGGGAACAGUUUGGUUUCCCAACCUCGAGGUCGGGAUUUCAAUCCUUCACUGUGCAUUUCGCUUGUGUCCUUGAGAUAAAAGACACUUUAUCUGCAUUGCUCUUGCCAAUGAAAAGGCUGGCACAUAAAACUGGGUGUAAAGUAGGGGACGGGAUUAUACAGAGGAACUACGGUACAAACUUUUUUGCUGGGAGCGCAUUCUUUUGGAGUUUAUUUGAAUUUCUCCUUAUUUCAUAGCAAUCAAUCAAUCAAUCAAUGUUUACCAAUACCGUGAUCAUUCUAAAAAUCUUUGUUUUUAUGAGAUAUAAUGAUAAAAUUAUAUCAGUGAACAUUUGAUGUAAUAAUGAUUUUAAGUUAUUAAGAUUAUUCGGAAGUGUAACUAAAAUAAAAAAUAAAAAAUGAUCUUGCCCUAUAUAUAUAUAUAUGUAUUUUCAAUAGUGCUUAUACAACUUUAAAGAAAAUUUCUUUAACCCUUAAAAUAUAUGCCGGAUAUAAAUCGUAAUUAAUUGUCUACAUUACCAACUAUUUAAGGAGUCUUGGCCUCGCAAUUGGGAAUUACGCCUUAAAAUACACAAUAGGUCAUCGUUUAUAUUUUGUAUAUAGCUUACAUUCUGAAAUUUUGUGUACAAAGUAGCUCUAGUUUAAAAAAAAUUUAAUUCCUAUAAAAAAAAAACUAUAAUUACAGAAUACUUAUAUUUUUUAUUUUCAUUCCAUUCUUUUAUGUCUAUGUUCUGUAAGUAAUUAUUAUAAUUUGAAAAUGCUACCGAUUCUUUCGUUAUCAUCAAGAGUUAUAUUUUAGUUUUAAAGAUUUCUCUCUGAUUACACUAUUUUUUAGAAUCUAUACAGAAGUAACAAAACAGAAUAUCAGAAAAACUACUUAUAGUUUCAAGCUUGUUUUAAAAUAAAGAAGCUGUUAUAUAAAUAAUAAAGAGUAAUGUGUGCUAUUGUUUCAAGAACUACAAAUUAAUGUACAGAACAAAAAAAAUGUUAUUGAUAAGGAAAGUUUAUGCAAAGCGACAUUUUGUUUGUUUAAAUAUAUUAGUUAAAACAGUACAUACUACUUGUUAAGAAUUCUAUUCAAUUAAAAAGUGAACCGAAAAUUUCUCAUAGGGAACGACACAUUAUACCAUUUAAGUCUGAGGUUUAUGGAAUUAUUUCAUCAAGUUUACUUUUGUAAAUUGUUAUUGUGAAUAAAAUAAAAUAAAAGAAAAUAAAGGAAGAUAUCAUUCUUUGUGAAUUUUA